ACUGUUAGGUUGAGGCUCGACAGUAAUAGUUCGACCGAAUAUAUCGGCAGAGUUUCUUCACUCUUCGAAAUUAUUGUAUUCAGCGAGUAUCCAUGAACGAGAAGACAAUGCGUUGUGCUGCUGUAGCAUUCGCUUUUCUUAGCGUCACGGCUCAAGCCUCUGCACUCACAUGCACAGAAAGGGGACUAUUUCCAGACCCCGAUUCCGAUGAUUGCAAAUCAUUCUUCAGUUGUAAUACCAAUCUAGAUGUCGCAUCUCACCAGUGCACUGGUGAUACAUAUUUCUCGCCCGAGUUGAAAGGAUGUUUCAGUACCUACGAUUGUGCCACGAGAACUAUACCAUACAUUACGAACCCUUGCGAAGACUUUGACUACGAUCGCAUACCCGACAAAUAUUCCCUUGAUUGUUCAGAAUACUUUUACUGUCAGACAUCGUCCGUCUACAACAAUGGUGAAAGCUUAGUACUUCCACAAGCAGUAACCGAGGUAUGUUAUGCCGGAGCGUCAUUCAAUCCCCAAAGGGGAUGUAACAGUAACAACAAAUGUUCGACUUAUGAGUGCUCUGUGGAAGGGGAAUUUGAGGAUGCCAAUGGGAAUGAUUGCACAACUUUCGUACGAUGUUCGAAAUAUAAUACCCGUCUAGGGUAUGGUGGGUCACUACUAUUUCCGGAAAUAGUGACUUGUCCGGAAAGUACCAAAUUCAAUCCGUUCCUACAAAAAUGUGACUCGUUUUACAAUUGUGACGGAAUUGAUCCACAUGGUGGCAUCGAUCCAUGUGGUACAUAUAACCUACUCAAUCCCUUGAUUCCUAACCCAUAUGUCAGCGACGCUGCAUCUUAUAUAAGUUGCGAAUAUUAUGACAACAACUACGAAAAAAGGCAAAUUAUUUUGAGAAACGAUUGUCCCGUCGACACGUUCUUUUCCCCUAAUUUGGGACGAUGCUACAACAAUUACGAUCCGAAUGAAACCUGUUCAAAAGAUGCCUGCAGCAACGGUCCUGGUAAAUACUUCAAUUAUAAGUCAGACGAAUGUGACAGCUACAUUGAAUGCCGAGAUGAAGCCCAACAAGUCGGAAUUUACGAGCUGACCUACGAAAUACGCUAUUGUCCGGAAGGUACACGUUUCAAUCCCGAUACGCGUAGUUGCAGCAAGAAAUACAUUUGUCCAGCACCAGUUGAAAAUUAUUGCUAUGAACAGCUUACAACGACCACUCCAGACCCAGCCACGUUGACAACGGCAGCUCCAUAGUCAACAAAUUUUUAUUGAUCAAAGACAAAGGAAAUUCAAUUAGUGUGCAGAUAAAUGAAUCUUAAAGAUCAUUUUUCGCUUGAUUAAAUAGAUAUUUGUUUGGCGAGUUGGA